AUGCGUUACUCAAUUGUUUUCUUCGCCGCUCUCCUUGGGUCUACUGCCGCCACGCAGGCCAGCGAGCUCCAGGACCGUGAGGUCCAAGAUGUUGCUGCCUCUGCUCUUCUGGAGCGAACUCCUGUCAUGAGACCGCCUGGCUGGAAGGGUGCUGGUAUGCUCCCUAAGAUCCCAUCAGGGCCAAAACGUCGCCCAAGUCGCCCAAAACGCCUCCGAAAUCUUGAAGAACUCGAGGAGAGAGAUCUUUUUGAAGAUUCUUUCUCUACUCUUCAAGAGCGAGCCCCUUUCAUGAGACCGCCUGGCUGGAAGGGUGCUGGUAUCCCCCCAAAGAUGCCGUCAGGGCCAAAACGUCGCCCAAGUCGCCCAAAGCGCCUCCGCAAUCUUGAAGAACUUGAGGAGCGGGCCCCUGUCAUGAGGCCGCCAGGAUGGAAGGGUAUUGGUAUGCCCUCCUAUAAGAAGCCAUUUAUUUUCCCUAAAGGCCGCCCGACCGGCCGUAACCGCCAGCGGGAUUUAGAGGAACUUGAAGCGAAGGAUCUUCAGCGAAGGGCAUUGCCCGGCUCUAUGCCUCGGCGUAUGGGCUUGAGCGGGUCUCCCAUACACAGACCUUAUAAAGGUCUUGCGGCCCCUAGGCGCCGUCCCCGCGAUGUUGAGGAGCUCGAUGAACGUGAUCUUUAUGAUGACGCAUGGUUUGACCCAGAGGAGUAA